CACCGUCACAUGGAGAAGGCCGAUUCCACUGACAGCCUCUACUCCCUGCAUAUCUCCAACGUGGCGCCCCCUCCCGCCUUCAUGGACAGUGCCUCUGAGGCCCACACCACCACCCCCAGCCAGUCUGACUCGGCCACAGAGGCCAACAAGCCCGGCUGCAGCUCUGAGUCGGACACAGCCAUGCCCAACGGAGACAGGACUCAGGCACCCAACUACCGCAGUCUCCCGCCUCCGGGGCAGCUGGAGAGCCAUAGGAGAACCACGGCCUUCAUGCCAUGGAAGCAGCAGUGCUCUGGGGAGCUGCUGGAGCAUGUCAACUCGACAGAGAGUGAGUGCAGCACAGAGGAAGGGGCCCAGGUCCACGCCCUCCCUAUGCUGGGCUUCCUCUACCUGAGGCAGGAGGCGCUGGUGGCUCCCUCAGUUCCCACCCUGCUGUCCACUGAGGCCCUGCGCCCUCCAUCCCCACAGGAUGUGCUGCUCGGUGGACAGCUGGAGUUAGUGCCAGUGCCGGAGCUCAGCAGCACUGACAGCUCUGAUGGGGAAGAGGCUUGUAGCCAGGGCAUGGGGGAGAAGGAGCCAGGAGUGACUCUGGAUUACCAGUCAGCCCAGAAGAUCCUGGACAGCCUGCUGAGGCAACACCACUGCCUGGAGACGGAGCCAGCGAAGGCGAGUGGAGGGGGCUAUCAGGACAGAAGCGAGACAGGCCAGGCCAAGGAGCACCAGCGCCAGAUCCGCUACUACUGGGACUUCAAGAGCCCAGGCGAGGAGCAGCCCCCACGGCAUCCGGCCCAGCAUGGAGGGGGCACCCUGCCCCGGGCCAAGGGCAAGAAAGUGUUGCCAAGGGAGCAGAUAUGUGGGGAUGGGGUGAUGGACUCCACAUUUCUGUAAGAAGGUGGAGGGGGCUGCCCAUGGGCAGAUGAGACCCCCACUCCACAGCCACGUCAUUGACCCCAGCCAUUUCUGUCUACCCUUCACCAUAGCACAGAGCUCGGGGGAUAAGGGUCACCUCACUGAGCAUAGGGAACUGUAUCUGGGUUUGCUACAGACCACCUGGGGGGGCAGAUGGAGGCAGAGAGGAGAGUGGGGGGACUCGCUGACCCAGAGAGAUCUGUGGGGAGAGGACAGGCAGGCCAGAGAAAUGAACACAGAUAGAGCCCCAGAGGGAUGGGAUGGGGGAAGGACAGACGUAGCCAGAGCUGGUGGGGACAGGCAAACUCAGACAGAAAGGGGGGGGACACAGAGGAAAGUAGGGGGUAUCCCACAGCCCCAUGUGGGGCCAGAGCAUCAAUCCAGGGCUGACCCUGGAUCCAUCCUGCUGCUCUCCUACUGGCCCCACCUGUAUAUACUUUGCUGACUUUGACCUGUCCCACCCCUACCUCCCCUGUACACAAGCACUGGGACCAAGCCACCUGCAUGAACCGACCGACCCCCUUUCAAUUAACAUUUCUGAGACCAACG